AUGCCGCUGUCAGAUCUGACGGCGCGGCUGUCAGCAGCGAUUCUAUUAAUGCUACACGGCGCUGGUAUCAGCAUGAUGGAGAGCAGUAGGAAGGGGCAUUGGUGGUGCGACUCAGGGUGCAGUGAGCACGGAUGGAGAGCAGCAAAGGGCAUUGUUGGUGCGGCUCAGGGUGCAGUGAACACGGGUGUUGUGACGUUCGGGUAUCAGCACGGUAUCUGCACGAUGUACUUUCGAAUGUGCGAUGCAGGGGUUGAAAUGUGAUGGUGCUGGUACUCUGUUGGUGUGGUUCGGUGGCUUGAAGCAGUGAAUAUAUGGUGUUGAUGGAGAGAUGCUGUGGAAUAUGUAGACGCUUUUUUAUUCGUACUGGGAUUACUUUACUUUACUACGUGGUGAUAACGUGAGCGGAGCACUGGCACCGGAAGAAUUGUCUGUUUCGCCGACUGUAAGAGAAAGUCAGCUCUUGUAGUGGAGGGAUUUCUUUGGUUGCGAAUAUGCCG